AUGAUCAUUUUGCUCAUAUUCCAUUUUAUCCGAUUGCUAUUGUUAUAUAGAGAGAAAGACUAAUAUAUCACUUUUAUGAUGGUUCUAUUUAUUUUGCAAAUUACUUUAGAAAUAUUAUGCUAUUCAAAACAAAGCCUCUUUCACUUAUUAUUAUAAUACUCCAUUAUACUUGCAGAUUUAAUUGUUUUCCAAAUUGAGUCCCUAAGAUAUGGAAUUAAUGAUGUUCAUUAAAAUUUUGUUUUUAUAAUUAUUAUUUAUGCUUAAGGAGAUUUACAUAAAGAGAAGAAUCUAAAAGCAUCAUGGUAAUUUUUUAAAUACUCUCUUUUAUUAUUGCUUUUUCUGUGCUUUUAGUUUGAAGGAGAAUUUCAGGAGAAAAAUAUCAAAUUAAAUUUGAAAUAUUUAAGCCUAAUAAACUACAAAUUACAUAUUUUACUUGUAGUUUUCUUACUCUUUGAGAACAAAAGUCAAAAUGAGCCUUAGCUAAAAAAAAUAAGAUCUAUACAAGGAGAUCAAUUUCGAAUAACUCUUGAUUAAAAUGAAAAUUAAAUAAAACGUUGUUUUACUUAAAAAUCAUCAUCUUCUCAUGUGAGUGAAAUUAUGGAAGACUUUUAAACUGUUAGUAAAGCUGUCAUACAUUAAAAUGUUGAUUUCAAUCUGAUUUUAGAAGCACUCUAAGAAGGUGUGAUUUUAGUUCAUUUUGAAUAAUCAGAUGAUCCUGCAUAUCCUAACCUUAAAGUGGAAUACUAAAAUUAAAUGAGUAAGAAGAUGUUUUAGAUGACAAAUCGAGAACUUCUACUGCUAUUUGAGAAAAUGCCAAGUGAAGUGCUCUAGGAUGAAUCUCCCAUGCUAGCCAGAAGUUCUUUAGUAUUAUUACAGAGUUUUGCUUCCUAAUAAUACAAAAAUAUCCAUAAAAAAGCAUCAGUAUUGAAUGCUGUUUAUUCCCUUUCCUCAGAUUCCAAGAAGGAUACUAAGAUAAAUGGUAUGUCUACCUAAUCUCCGGGAUAUGGAUCAAUGACAUCUUAAGUAAUUUCUGCAUUUUUCUAUAAUAUAGCUUAAUACAGUUUUGAAAUGUCUGCUCUACAGUUUCACAACAAAGAAACUUAGAUUUGAGAUCAAUGGAAAAGUGGAGGCAAUGAUUGUUGAGACCAAUUUCGAGAUAGAAAAUAAUAAAAAAUAGAUUGAAUUAAUUAUAACUUUUGGGGGGGAGAAUAUUUUAUUGAUCAUAGCUCGCGAUGUGGUUCAUAGGAAGAAUAUUAAAGAGCUAUUGGACAUUAACUAAUCAAAGUCUAAGACUCUAUCUUUUGUAAGUCACGAAUUUCGUUCUCCUUUAAAUGUUAUGCUUAACAUUCUGAGCGAAUUAAAAGAAGCUUCCUUCUAGAACAAGCAUCUUUUUAAGAGUGUCUAGAUUGUUAAAGAAAAUGCUGCUUAUAUGUUAAAUUUAGCUAAUGAUUUACUUGAUUUAGCUUAGAUCAAAGCGGAGACAUUUAAUUUGAAUUUAAAGACCUUCAAUUUAAUACUGUUAGGGGAAGAAUGUCUUGAGAUGUUUAAACUCUAAGCAGAAUAAAAAAAGAUAGAUCUUAAAAUUUAAACAAAUACGAGACCGUUAUUUUUAUUUACUGACAGAAAUAGAUUGAAAUAGAUUUUUAUUAAUUUAAUUGCUAAUGCUAUGAAAUUUACAUAGUUUGGUUCAAUUAUAAUAUAAUUUGAAUAAAAAGGAUUAUUGGUGGAUGUUGGAGUAAAAGAUUCUGGAAUUGGAAUUACAGAGGAUCAAUAAAAGAAAUUAUUUAAGGCUUUUGGCAAAAUAAAGGAUGCUUAAAAUUAAAAGCUCAAUGAAUAAGGAGUUGGUUUGGGAUUAUUGAUAAGCAAUAAAAUCGCCUAAUAGUUAUCAUAUAAUAAUUAAGGUUUACAAGUAAUUUCUCACAGUAGUGCUGAAAAGAAUCAUGGGUCAUUAUUUUAUUUAACUUUAAAUAUCUAGGAUUUUCAUUUAAAAGUGCCAUCAACUAAAAUAGAAUAACAUAGCAAUUCUAUUGAUUUUCCAAUAACCUACUCUGGAGAUGAAGAUCUUUUAAACUAAAAUUUGGAGUGUUUUGAACCCAUUCUUUCGUUAAAAGUACUUGAUAGAAAGCCAAAACCAUCAUGUUAACAUAUAUUAAUAGUUGAUGAUAAUGUUUUUACCUAAAACAUUUUGGAGAUGCAAAUAGCAUAAUUGUAAGUUUAACUGUCAUAUUUAGUACAAAAUCCACAAUUGAUAAAUCGUUUAAUGGAUUAGAUGCUAUUAAUAGUGUAAAUACUAAAAAAUGCAAUGAAUAAUGUGCUGGUUACUAAGCAAUAUUUAUGGAUUUAGAAAUGCCUAUAAUGAAUGGCAUGACUGCUUCAGAAUAAAUCUUGAAGAUUAAACCUAGCAUAAAAAUAUUCAUAGUUUCUGGAUAUGAUGAUAAUAAGUUGAAGUAAGAGGGUGAAAAGUUAGGGAUCAAAAGUUUUAUAAUUAAACCAAUUUUAAAAGACAAAGUGUAAAAACUUAUUUAAGAAUAUCAAUUAUGA